AUGGCCCGAGAGGCUUCCAAACUCUCCCGCAGGCAGAACGCCAGGCGGCGAGGACGUCACAAUCCCAGCGGCGGCGGCACCUGACGUGGCCCCAGUUUUGACCUUUCCCGGCCUCCCCGUCCCCACCAAACCCCGGCUUCUCCUCGAGCGGGGAGAGCCGUCGGGGCCGAGGCAGACCGCGCAUGCGCUCCGCCCAUGGGCCAAGGGGAGUCGGGGGAGGCGCCCGACGCGUGGAUCCACCUCCUGGCAUUCAUGCAGAGCAGGGGGCGGUGCGCCAGCCGCUCGGAAGAGCCAUGGAGGGGGCCCCUCCUCCUCCCCCCUAGCAGCCCCAGCUCGGAAGGAAGUGACAGCAACCGCGGCGAGGAGAUCUGGUGGCGCGCGCAGCGGCGCGCGAAGAUCCCGGCCGUGCGCACGCGCCGGCCCGCCCGCCCUCUCCCUGCGCAGGCGCAAGGGGCCUCUUUAGAGCGCACGCGCGAAGGGGGGACCGGGGGACCUCCAUCACUGGCCGCCAUGGAGCGGAAAGUUCUAGCUUUGCAAGCCCGGAAGAAGAGGACCAAAGCUAAGAAAGAAAAGGCCCAAAGAAAGCCUGAAACUCAACAUCGAGGACCUGCUACCAUUACAGAGAAUGAUCAACCUGAACAAGAAGAGGAAAUCCGGGGAUCAGAUGAUGAUGAACAGGAAGAUCCCAAUGAUUAUUGUAAAGGGGGCUAUCAUCUUGUAAAAAUAGGAGACUUGUUUAAUGGAAGGUACCAUGUGAUCCGGAAGCUGGGAUGGGGACACUUUUCCACAGUGUGGCUAUCCUGGGAUAUCCAGGCAAAGAGGUUUGUUGCAAUGAAAGUUGUAAAAAGUGCUGAAAACUACACAGAAACAGCACUGGAUGAAAUCAAGCUGCUGAAGUCUGUCCGGAACACAGACCCCAAUGACCCAAACAGAGAGAGGGUGGUUCAGCUAUUAGAUGAUUUUAAAAUCUCAGGAGUGAAUGGAUCCCAUAUUUGUAUGGUUUUUGAAGUUAUUGGACACCAUCUUCUGAAAUGGAUCAUCAAAUCGAAUUAUCAGGGACUUCCGCUUCUUUGUGUAAAAAGGAUAAUCCAGCAAGUUUUGCAAGGCCUGGAUUAUUUACAUGCUAAAUGUCGAAUCAUCCAUACUGAUAUUAAACCAGAAAACAUUUUGCUGUGUGUUAAUGACCAAUACAUCCGCAGAUUGGCUGCCGAAGCAACAGAGUGGCAGAGAUCUGGAGCACCCCCUCCUUCAGGCUCUGCAGUGAGUACUGCACCACAGCCCAAACCUGCUGAUAAAAUGUCUAAAAAUAAGAAAAAGAAAUUGAAAAAGAAACAGAAACGACAAGCAGAGCUGCUGGAGAAACGGAUACAAGAAAUUGAGGAAAUGGAGAAGGAAGCAAGCCCUCUGGAAGCUCAGCCUGAAGACCAGCAAGAGGUUCCAAGGCCACUUGAGCUGCUUUUGAAAGAGAGCCCCCCAGAUGAAGGUGUACCUGGAAAAACAGAUGAUAUUUCUCUUGUAUCUGAGCAAACAAUCUUAAUGGAAGGGGUUGAAAAAUGCAUAACGGAAAUCAAUUGCAAUGGAAUGGUACAAAUGACUGCCUUCUCAGAUUCCAUCAAUCAAGUGUCAGUGAGUCUUGAGGAAGAUGUUCACAAUGCCAAUGACUGCAGUGGCCCCCCUCAGGAGCAAGAAGAGGAUGAGACCUCUGCUUACAACCAAAGUAAUGGUGGCUCAGAGGACAGAUUAGAGGAGGCCGGAUCCGAGACCUGUGCGCCCUUAAUUUCAGAGGUGCUGGAUGCCAUGGUAUGCCAGGGGACCUCAAAUGAUGAACAGUAUCUCAGUGAGCAGCAGAUCAGCCACUUACAAGAGAGCAUCAGGGCAGAAAUACCUUCCGAGGAUGAGAAUGAAAAUAAUGGAUCUUCUGAGAAUAAUAAAGGAAAAUCUGCUGCUGGAAAUUUCCUCCUUAAUCCACUUGAGCCUGGGAAUGCAGAUAAGCUCAAAGUGAAGAUAGCUGAUCUAGGAAACGCCUGCUGGGUGCAUAAACAUUUCACUGAGGACAUUCAGACAAGGCAAUAUCGGUCCUUGGAAGUACUGAUUGGAGCCGGGUACAGCACCCCAGCCGAUAUUUGGAGCACAGCUUGCAUGGCCUUUGAAUUGGCUACGGGUGACUAUCUAUUUGAGCCUCACUCUGGUGAAGACUACUCACGAGAUGAAGACCAUAUUGCAUUAAUCAUAGAACUUUUGGGAAAAAUACCUCGCAAGCUCAUUGUGGCUGGAAAAUACUCCAAGGAGUUUUUCACCAAAAAAGGUGAUCUGAAGCACAUCACUAAACUGAAGCCAUGGGGCCUUUUUGAAGUUUUGGUGGAGAAAUAUGAGUGGUCCCAAGAGGACGCAGCUGCAUUCACAGACUUCUUAUUGCCUAUGCUGGAGCUGAAUCCUGAGAAGAGAGCUACAGCGGCUCAGUGUCUCAGGCAUCCCUGGCUGAACUCCUAGAUGCUUCAAGCCUGGCACCCUGGUCCUCUACUUGGGUUUACAGCAUAAUAUAUAUACAGACCUAGAUGUCCCAGUUGCCCUUCCCCUCUUCUCCCGAGUCAAUUUUUUCCUUGUUGAUUUUCAGAGUGAAGCUUCUCCUUGAGGGCUUUUGAGAUUUUAGAUAAAUCUAACUGUUCAUGUGAGUUUGUGUACUUGACUCAGUAGGGACUGUUGUCAGCCAGUGGGCGUCCAAUAUGUUUUGCUGUGAUUGGAGUUUGCCAAAGAGUUUGUAUGGGAAUGUGAAAUUACGCCCCUCCCUUCCCCUGACUCUUUUCCUUACUCAAGUACCUUACCCUUUAAAGUGUGGGGAAUUUUCAUUGGGACACACUCCCUUUAAGUAUUUUGCAGUCAUCCCAAGGGGGAUGUGAAGAGCUGUGAAUCCCUCUUUAGCUCGCUGACUCCGGGAGUCAUUUUCUUAGUGCACAUCCAGUUGCUGACAGUAAGAGGAGAAAGGGCCGAUGGCACCAAGGUGGUAGCUCCAUGUGGAGCACUGGACUCUACUCAACUCAUUCCUUAGGUGUCUGUUCAGCUGCUUGGGUAAUAUUUUUGUCUUAUUAUUUUUAAACAUAUUUUUAUCUAGUUCUAGCCAUUGGACCUUCUGAAAAAGCCUGUAUGAGAUAUGCGCGUACCUAUAUGUAUUUAAGUAUCAUUUUUUGUUCCCUCUUUAUUCAGAUGAUUUACCGAAGUAAGCAGCUCUCUAAAUCUAAAGCAUCUUGCACUUGAGUAGCUUCACAAGGGAAAUAAAAGCGAUGGGAAGUGCUAAAACAAACAGUCUCUACAAUGGGGGUGAGGAAUGUGCACUCCUCCAGAUGUGGAGUACUGCAACUCCCAUAAAUCUCACCUUAUGGAGCUGAUGGGAGUUGCAGUCCUAUUCAACAAUAUGGAUCUAUGCAUUUGUUGGCUGCAGGAGGGCAACCAGGUUGCCUCAUUUCUGUGCCAAACCUGUCCAGCGGGCAGCUCCUAGACAAAGAAGAGGUCCGCCAACUCUGUAUUGUGGCCUGGUAGCUGCAUGAACAAUGCACAUGUUUCUGCAGUUCAAACAGAGUGACAAAAACAGUACGUGGCUGGCCACUUUGUCAUGUGGGCCUGUUUUAUGCCAUCAAUGCUGUCAUGAGGGCCUUGUGUGGAUGUUUAGUAGAGAGCAGUUUUCAGGGGCAAAAAACAGAUAUAUCCUUACUCAAGGAAAUAUGGUAUUAGUCUAUUAGGCUGUCUUUCAAGCCAUGCUUUGUGCCCAUAUUGUGAUCCCUUCUGCAUUUCCAGAGCUUAGUGGUAUCUAGCUGGUUAAUGGGUCCAAAGUCCUGGACUCUAGAAAUUAUCUUUCUGAAAAGAAUUGUUUUCUUAUGCAUGAACAUAUGAGAAAUAAUCUAUUCUAAAGGAAGUAUAAUAGGAUUUUUUCCCAUCCAGAGAUAAGGCAUUACUCUCUGUUUAUCAGAACUGUUACAAAAUUGGGAGGCCAACAGCAAUAUUAUUUUUUAAACUCCUAGAAGAGGUUGUAAAGUUACUGACUCACCCAUCUAGGCUUUCUUAUUAUAUUAGAAAAAGUAUGUAAUACUUGUUUUGUGGUGAGUAUUGCCUGGCAUCAACAGGUUAUCUAAAAAUUCCCUCCAGCCUGCUCUAAUGUUACAUUUGAGGAAGUUAGGAAGUUCAGCAGCCCUUCCUGACCAUGGACCAAAAAGACUUUUAAGGUUAAAAUUAUCCAGGGCUGGAAACCCUUGGAAUAUUCAGAUUUUCAGGUACUGUAUAGUACUAUUCAAUGUAAAAGCUGCCAGCAGCAGAGUACCAUUUUAAGUUAUUUCUCUGUGUGGGAAAUCCUGGUUUAUAGGAAGCCCCCCUCCUGUCUUGCACCCAGAGACAUGUGGUGCAAUUUUAUUUGUGUUUGUUUCUUUAAAUUAAAGUCUAACUGCCAUAUUCCCUUCACAGUGUAAUUUGGCCAUGCUAUCAUAUGAUGCCUGACUGGGGGUUUAGUGGGAUCAGUGCUGCAUGUGCAUUUAGAAGGAGUUAAGUAACAUUCUCGGUGCAUAACCGUAAAAUGAAAAGGAAAAUAUUAGCAACUUCUUAAUGCUAUUUCUGUUAUUUGGAGUAUCUCCUUUACCUCCUCCCAAAAGCACUUCCGUACCUGUCAAAAAUAUUUUUCGAUGGGACUAGAAUGUAUAAUAGUACUUUCUCUUAAAUAACUGUGAAAACUUGUCGGCAGGGAGACCUGAAUUUCCAGUGUCAACACAUCCAUCCUGGCUACCUGAAUGGUGCAAAAAUGCAGUGUUUCGAUCUAAUACAGAUUCUGUUCCAUAGAAUAUGAGCUGUUUCCAUGUCUUUUGUAGUAAAAGAGACAUGCUGGCAUAAUACAAAUGGCACCUUGUCAGGACUGCCUCUGUAUUUUGUGGCUCUCACCAGGUUCACUCAAUUUCCAAAUUGCCAUAAAGUGCUCACUAACAAUUUGUACUUGUUUUAUUUACCUAAAACCUGAAGGAAAAACAAAUACAUUUUUAUUCUUUCUA